ACAAACGUCGCUUUGUACUGCCGGUAGCUCCAAGGUGAAGUGAAGAAAACGAUGAGUUCACGACAUCGUGACAGAAGUAGGUCUCGAUCGCGAGACCGCGACCGGCAUAAGGACCGUGACCGCGACAAGACUCGCGAUCGAGACCGCGAUCGCGAGCGGGAGCGCGAUCGCGACCGUGGCCGCGAUCGCGAUAGAGAUCGGGAUCGGGACCGAGACAGACACCGCUCCUCGAAAAGGGAUAAAGAACGCGACCGUAGCCGCAGCCGCUCACGGCAUAAGGAGAAGCGGCGCUCACGAUCGCGCAGCCGCAGCCGCGGCAGGAAGUCCAAGGACAGGGAUGGCACCAUCGCCCUGCUGGACCAGAUGGUAGGCACGACUACGAAGGCCACGGCGCGCGCGGUGGCGGCACCCUCCGUCAACCCCGCUGCGCAAGCCGCCAUUCUCGCCGCUGCAGCCGUCGCUCAGCGGCGCAUGGCGGCGCCGGUGCAGCCCGCGGCGGCGGCGGCCGCGGCGCUGUCGGCGGCCACGGCCAUCCCGCCGCCCACGGCCGUGCAGCAGCGCCUGGAGCAGCUGCAGGCGCGCUCCGACAAGCGCCACCGCGGCGAGCGCGGCGAGCGCGGCGAGCGCCACCACUCGCCGCCGCCCGAGCCGGAGCCCGACGACGACCAGGACGACGGCCAGGGCCCGCCGGGCGAGACGGCGGCCGAGCGGCGCGCGCGGCGCCGGCGCACGCGCUGGCAGGGCUCGGAGCACGACAAGACCUUCAUCCCCGGCCUGCCCACGGUGCUGCCGUCGUCGCUGACGCGCGAGCAGGAGGAGCAGUACCUGCUGCAGCUGCAGAUCGAGGAGGUGAGCCGCAAGCUGCGCUCCGGCGACCUCGGCAUCCCCGCCAACAUCGAGGAGAGGUCGCCGUCGCCCGAGCCCAUCUACUCCACCGACGGCAAGCGGCUGAACACGCGCGAGUACCGCACGAGGCGUAAGCUGGAGGAGGAGCGGCACCGCCUGGUGCAGCGCAUGCAGCAGAUCAACCCCGACUUCAAGCCCCCGCCCGACUACAAGCCGCCCAUCAUCCGCGUGCACGACAAGGUGAUGAUCCCGCAGGAGGAGCACCCCGACAUCAACUUCGUGGGGCUGCUGAUCGGCCCGCGCGGGAACACACUCAAGGCGAUGGAGAAGGAGACCGGCGCCAAGAUCAUCAUCCGCGGCAAGGGCUCCGUCAAAGAGGGCAAGGUGGGCCGCAAGGACGGCCAGCCGCUGCCCGGCGAGGACGAGCCGCUGCACGCGUACAUCACGGCCACCAACGCCGACGCCGUGAAGAAGGCCGUGGAGAAGAUCAAGGAAGUGAUCCGGCAGGGCGUGGAGGUGCCCGAGGGGCAGAACGACCUGCGGCGCAUGCAGCUGCGCGAGCUGGCGCAGCUGAACGGCACGCUGCGCGAGACGGACGGCGCGCGCUGCGCCAACUGCUCGGCCGCCGACCACAAGACGUGGCUGUGCCCCGACCGGCCCAACGUCACCUCGGCCGUGGUGUGCUCGGCCUGCGGCGGCGCCGGCCACAUCGCGCGCGACUGCCGCAGCAAGCGGCCCGGCGCCGCGCCCGCCGCGCACAACGCCAACAAGGCCAAGAUCGACGAGGAGUACAUGUCGCUGAUGGCGGAGCUGGGCGAGGCGCCGCCGCAGGGCGCGCUGGGCGGCGGCGGGCGGCGGGGCGUGUUCGGCGCGCUGCCGCCGCGGGCGCUCAUGGCUGUUGUAGUGGAGCAGAUACGUUUUCCUGCAGCAACACUGGCAUACGAUGCACGUGCUGGUUGCGUUGAUGAUGUGGGUGGUGCGGAUGAAGUCUGA